AUGAUAUUUGGCCGUAAACCUCACUUUAAAAGUCGAAUGUAUAUCAAAAAAAAGCCUAAUUUCUUACACUUGAACAUUCAAACAUCAAACAAGAAGUUCAUUAAUGUUUCUUCUUUAAGUGAUGUUUUCAGACAUGGAUUCGACCGUGAAGCGCUAUCUGCUGUCGCCACACUAUUCACACAUUCAAUAUUGAAGCAGCUUAUGACGGAUGGAAGUGCGUACGUUAUGACGUUUACGGAGCUGCUGUCAUUGAAAAGUCAAGAGAAUUUCGCUACCACUUUACAUGUUGCAUCUGUCGUUGGGAUUGUGGUUACUGUAUUUGGUGUACCAUAUUCACCUCUAGCUGUAUUUUUAUAUGGGGGACAUCUGCUUUAUGAUAACGGGGGUGCGGUGCUUCUGUCGUUGUACUGUGUUUAUUUGUCUGUCAUGGCCGUUAAUGGCAUUACGGAAUCGAAUGCCAUUAACAUGUUAUUCCGAAUAGGAUAUAGUUGGCGACAUAUCACCUCCUUCCUCGGGAGUCGUACCCCCUCCAUCACCACCAUUUUGCCUACGUUCUCAACGCUUGUUUUCUUGUUCUUCUCACUUAUGGCGACCUCGUUUACACAUUUGGUAUUUGGAACUACCCCGGGACUUUCUCAUACACUAGCGCAUGUGGGAAUAGGAGGUGUACUAUUGGUGCUAGUGCUUGCCCAUAUAGUCAGCACAGAUUACGUAUUCCAGAUGCUUACACAUAAACUCCAGAAGUAUGCACCUUAGUC